AUGCGUCUCCAACAGCAACCCAUAAACAGGGGUUGUUGUGUUGACAUCAGAAAAAGCCGCUCGUCCGAAUCUACGUGUGUGGACUCCCCCGUGACCGACGCCGAAGUCGUGUCCGUGAAUUCGGACGAGCGAGUGCUUUAUUGCAGGAACGAAGCCUUGAAAUGGAGCACGGAUGAGACGGUUCUUUUGUCUCAAUGCGUCGACGGACAGUGGACUGAGUCUGAUGCCAUGUGUAAUACAGACAGGGACACCAUGACAUGCACUUCCAAUUACCCCAAGCCGAACAACACCGAGACGCCGAUAGAGGUAAAGCAUGCAACAAAUCAGGCGGUCAUCGCGGUAUAUUAUAGAUGCGAAUCUCCAGGGGCUUGGCUUUCCGGUGCCCACGGUCGGGUGUCCCAGUGCGAGAACGGGCAGUGGACACCUGUUCAUGAUAUCUGUGAUAACGCUUGUCUGAUUCCCCGUGACUGCUAUGAAGUAGCCGACCUGGGCUUCAACAACACUGAUUUCUACAUGAUCGUCCCGUUCGGAGGGAACUUUGAAGAUGCCAUUGAGGUGUUGUGCGAAUUGGAGACCACCGCUGACAAUGCGAAUGGCCGCUGGACAACUGCGCUGUGGCUGGCCAAAGCUGACCUGACUCACACCCUCGCUGAGUUCGAAGAAGGGUUCGGAAAUCCUGCCUUCAAUUCAACUUUGUCUUUUGGCAUAGCUUACAUGCCUAACACGUCUCUUCUCGAUUCUCAAACACAAGUAGUCACAUCCUCUCAGUAA